AUGAAAAUACCCAGAAAUCUGGCAAGGCUACAGUCAGAGUACAAUAUUUUCAAUCAUAUCAACCCAUUAACUAUGAAUGGUGAUGCGAAGGGACCAUUGGCUGGGAUUAUUGCUGCGAUUAAAGAUAAUAUAGCCACAAAGGAUGAACCCACGACAUGUUCUUCGAGGAUGUUAUCGAAUUACCAGUCACCAUUUGAUGCCACUGUUGUGAGUAAAUUACGUGCAAAUGGGGCCCAAAUUAUUGGUAAGACCAAUAUGGAUGAAUUUGGAAUGGGAUCAAUGGGAUCACAUAGUUAUUUUGGACCAUGUUAUAAUCCUCUAUUCCCUUCGAGGCAGAAAGUAAAUAUGGGGGGGUCAUCUAGCGGCAGUGCCGCUGCAGUGAGUAGUGGGUUGGUUGAUUUUGCUCUGGGCACAGAUACAGGUGGUUCGGUGAGAUUACCAAGUUCUUAUGGAGGGGCUAUUGGAUUCAAGCCAAGUUAUGGUAGGAUAUCGAGAUUCGGCGUAGUAGAUUUUGCACAGUCAUUGGAUACAGUGGGUAUUAUCUCUAAAGAUGUGAGCACACUGUGUAAAGUUUUCAAAGUUCUUGACUGUGAAGAUGAAAGGGAUCCUACAUGCUUGACGAAAGAUCUACGUGAUAAGAUUGAUACGAAUUUUCAGACCAAGUAUAAGAUCGGUAUACCGAAGGAAUUCGUUCAAGACAAUGUUUCUGAUGAGAUUCAUGAAAAUUUUUUGCAAUUUGUUAGUAAAUUGAUGGAUUCUGGAUGCGAAAUAUAUGCUGUUUCUGUACCAUCAUUGGAAUUUAGUCUACCUGUGUAUUAUACGAUAGCCACAGCAGAAGCUGCAUCGAAUUUAUCUCGAUAUGACGGUAUCAGAUAUGGGAUUAGAGACAACGAUGGCAUGACAAGAGAUAAUUUUGGACCAGAAGUUAGAAGUAGAAUAAUUGUUGGUAAUUAUACAUUGUGUUCAGAAAAAUUUGAAGAAUACUUCAUUAAAGCUGAAAAACUGAGAGUGGAAUUGAUUAAUUCAUUCGAUUCUAUAUUUAGAUUGAGAAAUAUUCUGACGGAUAAUGAAGAUAAUUUAAAUGAUGGAAUAGAUAUGAUUCUAUGUCCAACGACGAAGAAUCUCCCGACAGAGACACCUCAGAAAUGGGACAAUCCUGUUAAUGAAUAUCUCAAUGAUUUUUUCACCAUUCCGAUGUCGUUAGCUGGAUUGCCUACAAUUUCUAUACCUUUUGUCUCGAAUGAGCCCAGAGGAAGCGUACAAAUAUGUACACAGUAUGGAUACGAUACGAUGUUAUUAAAUUUUAUUAAAUCUUGUAUAUAA